GAUCUGUAGCUGCCAGCAGCAGAUGUUCCUGUCUCCGGUUCUUCUGUCACUGUGACUCUCGUCAAAAGCGCUCAGUUUUUAUUUUCCGCCUCUGAAACCUUGUUCUGGACACAGCUGGAGUUUAUUUUUUCAUUAAAGCACCUGCAUCAGCGUUGUUUCAUCGCACGACAGAACAGAAAGUCUUGUACCCGAGAGGCCAGGUUGAUGCUACUCGAACAGACUGCGACCCCACUGUAGUCUUGUUGAGGUCACUUCCCACACAGGUGUGCGCACAGCUGUCCAAGGACUGCAAUGUCAUCAAAAAUGCAGAGCUCCAGCAGCAUAGCUCUGGCCAGGCGGACGGUGCAGCAGCUGAGAAUAGAAGCCAGUAUCGAGAGGAUAAAGGUGUCCAAGGCUUCAUCAGACCUGAUGCGUUACUGUGGAGAACAUGCCAAGUAUGACCCCCUGCUCAUGGGUGUCCCUGCUUCAGAAAACCCUUUCAAAGACAAGAAGCCCUGCACUGUUUUAUAAGGGAGCACACAAACCCCUUCUUGCCCAUAACUCAUCAUAUGGCCAGUUUCCUCCCUAACUUUUUCAAAUGCUCAAGGAAUGUGUUAAACUCUGCCGUAGAUAUCAAUGAACACCAAAGACAAGGCAGAAAGUUGAAGCUGUGAUGCUGGAUCAAAGCUUCAGCUCAAAUAAAAAAUGAUUAUACGUUUGCUUAAAGAUUCAGAGGUUACUUCUGUUCCCCUGAAAUGUUAUGUGACAAUAACUCAAACUGAAAGGAACUGUGCCGUUGAUGGCACGGCUUCUUAUUCUCUAUUUGACAUCUUACCCUUAAAGGUUCCCUCAUUGGACCAAUCAGAUACAGGCCUUCAGCUUUCAAAUCAAACACUUAUCAGGCUUACUUCAGGAAACUGUUAAAAUGUGUAUGCUUCUUAAAUUAAUUAUAUCCUGUCCAUUACAAAAAAGGCUGAUGUCUACUUCCACUAAUGCAGAUAUGAUCGAGUCACAAAUGAUUGAUUUGGAAACAGUCCCAUCUCCCUUGCAGCACAGAGAAAUCCUAUUAGGUUGAAUUGUUUUGAUACAUAAACAGUAUAUGUAACUUCAGCAGACACAACCAGCUCUGUUUCCAGGGUUUAGUAUACAUUUUACAGCUGGCAUAGUUCAAUGUCAGUAUUGAACCAAAAUUUUGAGCUGAGUUGACCCCAAGUGGCAACUUGUGUUGAAAAACAAAGCAAAACCUGCAGUUCCUCAAGUGUUUAUAAGCCAAGGAGUCCCCAUUAGAAACCAUUAACAUGUCAGUUUUACAGCAGAAUGAAACACGUUUACAGCAUGGUCAAUAUAAUGCUUUCACUCUUUAUACCUCAUCUAUCAACUUUCAGUGGGUGAUUUUUUAAAAUCAUCCAUCCAUUUUGAUUAAAGCUCACAGUUCUGCAAUAUGCAGCGUAUAGUUAGGGUCAUGGCUGAUGUUGUAGAUGUUUGCCAAGCAGCAAGGCUAUGGCCUCAAGUUCACCUCUUUCCUCUAUUGUACGUUAGCCAAAGUUAGCAUUUCAGACAUGAUGAUCACUGCCUGUGGGCUUCACAAAGCCUCCUGAGGAACCAAUGGGUGACAUCACUGAGACUACAUCCAUGUUUUAUACAGUCUGUGUUUGACCCCGACUGUAGCUAGUUGUAUUUCCAUUAAAUGACAGACUUUUGAGAUCUACUUACAUGCUCAUUUCAAAUAUAGAUUUAUUUAAAUUAAGUGUCAGAGGAGUGGAGAUCUUUUGACAAGACUAACACUUUACAAUCUUACGACCGUUUCCGGCUCUCUGAGUCUCAGCAGUUAUUAGAAAAGGUACUAGUAAAUAUAAGUACCAGUAUGAACUUCAAUGAUCCCUGCUUAUCACGCAUGGCCCUUGACAUUUGAUUUAUUCCCUUAUUUGUAUAAAGGAAAAUGUAUAACGAGGUGAUCAUUGCUGAUAAAAAAAGAUUUGAGACCGCUCUGUGCCAUUUUAUCUAUCUAUUUAUAGUCACUGUCAUCUUUUUACUGUCCUACACUGUUUAAAGCGCGUGCUUCUUUUUUUAUUUACUGUUAACACAAAAUGACUGUUAUUUUCUUGCGUUUUAAAUACAUGUUUUCAGCUGCUUUGGAGGUUUUUAUGAAUUUAGUAAAGUGUAAGAGUGUUUUUGUGUAGCUGAGACUUUCUUUCACUCGUGUGUUGGUGCUCGUGCAAAACAUUAGCAACUAAUUUUGCAACUUAACCAGACAGGGCCUUAACAGUGAAGAGAUGAAGCUUCAACCUUUUGACUACUUAAAGUCACAGAAGUGCUUUUGUUUACUAAUGCUGUGAAUAAGAAACGCCUUUAUGUGAGGGAGUGAAUCUUUCUGUAGGCUGUUAACUCUGUGUGUGGCAUCACAUUUCAAAUUGACUCAUGUUCAAUGAGUUCAGACAUAGAUUAGGUAGGUAUGUCCAUGAACCCUAUCCUGUGCUUGUUUAUGUGUUUAAUGUACUUUAUAGGACUUACUUAUUCAGUCUAGCCUGAAUGUCAUAUUUCUGUUUUGAGUCAUUAAUUAAAACUUUUGAAUUAAAACUGUC